AUGGAUAGCAUUACAACCGUGACAACUCUCACUGCCUUUGUGGAGUUGCUCGUCACGCGGGCCGAUUGGACCGGCUUCGACAAUGUCAGCUCGACGUCCCGCCUCAGCAGCCAAAGCACUUCGACGGGCGCGUCAGUAGAUGGGCAUAGCAGCUCAGAGGGCGCUGGCAGUACUCCAGGAUGGAGGUUGAUCGUCAGCGCGACAAUUGGCACUGUCGCUGGCUUGGCUCUCCUUGUAGGAAUCUAUCUCGUCUUCCGUCGCAGCCGGAAACGGGCGAAGAGAGAACAGGAUGUUGUUUGGACCGGGAAACCGGAGUUACACGCCGAGAGCGUACCGAAUCCACCACACCCGCCCCAGGAGCUUGACGCUAGGCCCCGACCAGCCCAGGAACUUGUGGCUGAGGGUUCUGGACCGCGGCAGGAAGGAGGCCCGGAACAGUCCGAUGUCACUAGUGAAUGUCACCGGAUGGUAGAGAUGGCUGCAAAGGAGGUCCCUGCGCUGGAGAUGGACGUGAAAGGUGGGUAUUGUGAGAUGGAGGCCAGCUCAGCCCAGCACACGACUGACUCCAGCGCCAACUCCGCCAACAUGAAGUGGUCAACGCUCGUCCUGUCCCUCCUCCCCCUCGUCUCGGCUGCUCCCAAGCUCAAGGAGCAGCCGACCUUCGCGCAGCGCGUCAUCUUCACGCCCCCGGACAAUUACACGGAUCCGCGCGUGCUGUACGCCCGGACUGGCCAAUUCAAGGAUGGCACCCUGCUAGCGACAUGGGAGAACUACAGCCCCGAGCCUCCCGUAGUGUACUUCCCCAUCUACAGGUCCACCGACGGCGGCCUCAACUGGAAGGAGAUCUCGCGUGUCCAGGACACGGCGAACGGGCUGGGACUCCGCUAUCAGCCCUUCCUAUACGUCCUAGACCAACCCUUCGCCGGCUUCCCCAAGGACACCGUCCUACUCGCCGGCAGCUCCAUCCCGACGGACCUCUCCAGGACGCAGAUCGACCUCUACGCCUCCACGGACCGGGGCGUCACCUGGAAGUUCGUCUCGCACAUUGCCGCCGGCGGAGAGGCCCGGCCCAACAACGGCCUGACGCCCGUGUGGGAGCCGUUCCUCAUGCGGUACCAGAACACGCUCAUCUGCUACUACUCGGACCAGCGCGACAACGCCACGCACGGCCAGAAGAUGGUGCACCAGACCACGACCGACCUCCGGUCCUGGGGCCCCGUGAUCGACGACGUGGCCUACCCGACGUACGAGCAGCGCCCCGGAAUGCCCACCGUGGCCGAGCUGCCCAACAAGAAGUUCAUCAUGGCGUACGAGUACGGCGGCUCCCCCAUCACUUCCGGGUAUCAGUUCCCCGUGUACUACAAGGUCGUGUCCGACCCGGAGAAGUUCGGCCCCGCCACGGGCAUCUCGCUCAAGACGACCGACGGCUACGUCCCGACCGGCUCGCCGUACGUCGUCUGGAGCCCCGUCGGCGGCAAGAACGGCACCGUCAUCGUCAGCGCCCACAGCUCGGGCGACAUCUACAUCAACACGGGGCUGGCCGAGCCCGGCACGCCGUGGAAGCGGGUCCCGACACCGGAGAAGAACGCCUACACGCGCCACCUGCGCGUGCUCAACAACGACCCCAGCAAGUUGCUGAUCAUGGGCGCCGGCCAGCUGCCGCCGAGCACGACGAACAAGGUGCAGCUGAGCGUGAUGGACAUCAGCAAGCUGUAG